AUGGCCACCACUACUACGAAGACUGGCCAGCCGUUCGAUCGUUCACAGCUGGAUUCCCUGCUUCGACGUCGACUUUUCUUCACCCCAGCGUUCGAGGUCUAUGGUGGUAUUUCUGGUCUUUACGACUAUGGCCCGCCAGGCUGUGCAUUGCAAGCAAACAUCGUUGACACAUGGCGAAAACAUUUCGUGCUGGAGGAGGACAUGCUUGAAGUCGAUUGCACAAUGCUAACGCCCCAUGAGGUGCUGAAAACGAGCGGCCACGUGGACAAGUUCGCAGACUGGAUGUGCAAGGAUCCCAAGACUGGUGAAAUAUUUCGAGCGGAUCACUUGGUUGAGGAGGUGCUUGAGUCAAGACUGAAGGGUGACAAGGAAGCUCGCGGCCAGAAAGUUGAAGUCGAUGAAGAGAAGGAAGCCAAGAAGAAGAGGAAAACCAAAGAUACCAAGGCUAUAAAGCUAGACGACGCUGUGAUCCAGGAGUAUGAAGAGGUACUGGCCAAGAUAGACAACUAUGGUGGUGAUGAGCUUGGACUUCUCAUCACCAAAUACAAUAUCAAGAAUCCUACAACCGGUGGUGAUGUGCUACCUCCAGUGGCCUUCAACCUAAUGUUUCAAACCUCAAUCGGCCCUAGCAGCAACCUUGCCGGCUACCUCAGACCGGAGACGGCUCAGGGCCAAUUCCUCACUUUCCAGAAAUUGCUCGAAUUCAACCAGCAAUCCAUGCCUUUUGCUUCUGCCUGCAUUGGCAAGUCCUUCCGUAACGAAAUAUCGCCAAGAGCCGGUCUACUUCGAGUCAGAGAAUUCUUGAUGGCAGAAAUAGAACAUUAUGUGGACCCGGAGGGUGGCAAAAAGCACCCACGGUUUUCUGAAGUCAAAACGGUUACCGUUGGUCUCUUGGAUCGCAAGGUGCAAUUAUCAGGCCGCACAAAUGUUACCCAAAUGACGAUUGGCGAAGCUGUUGCUUCAGGCACAGUGGAUAGUGAGACCUUGGGCUAUUUUAUUGCGAGAAUAUAUCAGUUUCUGGUGCGAAUCGGUGUCGACGCAAAGAAGAUGCGUUUCAGACAGCACAUGGCCAACGAAAUGGCACAUUAUGCCGCUGACUGUUGGGAUGCGGAGAUACUAACAAGCUACGGCUGGAUUGAGUGUGUGGGCUGCGCUGAUCGAAGUGCCUACGAUCUUACGGUCCAUUCGAAAAAGACGGGUGCGCCUCUAUGUGUCAGGGAGACACGAAAUGAGCCAUUACAUAUCGAAGAAUGGCAAGUAGACUUGGACAAAAAGAAAUUUGGCCCCAAAUUUAAGAAGGAUGGCAAGACCGUCGAAGCUGCGGUUGAUGCAUUGACCCAAGAUAUGCGCGAGAAAUUGUCAAUCGACCUUGCAAAGACUGGCAAAAUCGAGGUUAAUGUCCCUGGUGUUGGCGACGGUAAUGUCGAAAUCGACCAAGAUCUAGUCAAGAUCGAGAAGCGUACUAGGGUAGAGCACACUCGCGAAUAUACGCCAAACGUCAUCGAACCGGCGUUUGGUAUUGGCAGAAUACUCUACAGUUUGCUGGAGCACGUUUAUUGGUCUAGAGAAGGCAACGAAGAGAGAGGCGUGCUCUCUUUACCGCCACCGAUUGCACCCACAAAAGUUCUUCUGGUCCCAUUGUCCGGUCACCAAGAUUUCAAGCCAUUGGUGGACCGCCUAGGCCAGAAGCUGCGUCGGCUUGGCAUUUCCAACCGUGUCGACGACUCUUCGGCAAGUAUCGGCAAACGCUAUUCGAGAAACGACGAGCUUGGUACACCUCUUGGUAUCACAGUAGACUUCCAGUCAGUCAAGGAUAGUACAUUUACCCUUCGAGAUCGUGAUAGUACGAAACAAGUGCGAUCGGAUGAGGACACGAUAUGUGCAGCAAUCCGAAGCCUUGUGGAUGGCCAGAAGACGUGGGCGGAUGUGCAGGAGGAAUUGCCAGAGUUCACACAGCAAGAGACCGACUGA